AUGCUUCCAACUGCUUAUUUCGAUUGCCCCAUCUUCCCAUUCACAGCUUUGCAAUAUGAAUUAAACGCCUUGAAGCAGAAAAUCAGCGACAUCACUCAAAAAAUCCAUUGUUUAUUGAAGGAGAAGGACUUGCUGCAGAAACAAUGCUGUGCUGUAGAGGAAAAGCUAACCACCGCCCGUAUCAACAAUAUCGGCAUUUGUUUGCCAGACCGAUCGCCCUAUGAUGCUUUGGAUGGCUUUCCAUGGUCGGAUGAACUAGCUGCGGUUAGAAGCCGCGUGUUUCACAUUGAAAACUUCCGUCCACUUCAGCUGAGGGCAAUGAACGCUACCCUGGACGGGAAGGAUGUUAUUCUCGUCAUGCCUACAGGUAGCGUGUGUCCCUCAGCAUUGAUACAGAUGUUGAAUCCUUUAAUCACCACAUUUGUUAGCAGAGCGAGAUUGUGGUACUGA